CCUGCGCGCGGUUAGCUGACUGAAUGAACCCCUCCUCACAUAGGCCUACAGGCCGCGACUCCCUGCCUCAGCCCUCCCUCAGUCGCUACUGCUAGUCGCUGAAUGCUGAAGACGACAGACGCAUUGUAGAGUGUAGAGUCAGUCUACGCCUAGGCCUUGUAUUUGUAGUGGAGGAGGCUACAGGAUCUCGUCUUGUUUUGGCUGUGUCGACUGUCUGUGGAGUACCCGAAAGCAAAGUGAAUUAGAUGAAAGCUGUAAUUUAUGAAGUGAAUUGUUUUGUUCUGAAGCUGCGAUGGUUAAGGAAAUAGAUGUCGUGGGUGUGAAUAAGUCUUUUCAGACGAUGGAAGUGGAAAAUACUCGUGCUAUCGCCGAAGAUUAUAUAAAAUAUCGCCUUCAAUCAAGUGGGUUUGUAUGGGAAAAUGGCCGGCAGGGAAAUGUUACGCCCAACUCAGUUGAAGCUGCGAUGCGGAGCCUUGGUGAUGAAUUCGAAGAACGUUUUCGGAGUCAUUUUGACGAUAUGAUUGGACAGCUACACGUUACGGAAGAUAAUGCUCAUGAUACAUUUUCUUCCAUCGUCUCAGAAACCUUCUCUGAUGGUGUAAAUUGGGGCCGUAUUGUUGCUUUGUUUGGAUUUGCUGGUCGUUUUGCUGUACAGUGCUUUGAAAACAAUUUGCCUCACGUAGUAGAUAAUAUCGUAGAAUGGGUCACAGCAUAUGUGGAUAAUAAUUUGAGUACGUGGAUGUCAUCGCAUAAUAACUGGGAAGGAUUUUUAGAGUUCCACGCGGGAGGCCCUGAAUCAAGGAAAAAUAAUCCGUGGCCGUCUUUCGGAACGAUAUGUGGUUAUGCAGCGGCUGGUAUCGGAGUUCUUACGCUUGGAGCAUUUCUUACGCAAAAGUCAUAGGGGAACGUGAAGUUUCUCCUUCUUCUCCUCUUACUUCUCGUUCUCUCAUUAAGUAAUGGUGAUAAAUAUAUGUGACAUUUUGGUAUGUGCCACUGUGUUUGUGUCUGGUACGUUGUGGUGCCGUCUUGUUCUUUACGGCAGAUUCAGAGGAAGGAUCUGGAAGCUUUUAGAUUUUAUUGUGAUAGGCUCAGUUUUAUUGCUGGUUUGAACUAAAAAUGUUUAUCACGUUUCCUGUUUCUUUAGUUGUAGGGCAGAGGCAGUUAGCUCAAAGCUUUUGGCAGAGCUUUCCAUAAUUUUCGACCCAAAUUUUUCAACUGUUUCAUUUUACAGAAGAUAAGUUGUCAGAUUUGUGUUAUUCCUGUCUUACAAAAGUACAAUUUGGAUAUAAGUUCUGUGUAGAUCAUCCAGCCAGUUACUUUAUAUUUUUAUACAUGUACAGUUUUCUUUGAGUCUUAAUUUUGGUGCUAGAUGUGGACAUUUUGUUGCUCCAUAUGCUGUAGCACUAUGAACGUACUGAACAGUUCUGAGAUGUCUGAAAUCAAGCUGGAUUUAUAGUUAAAAAAUAGGUAUUUUUCUCGAAUUUAGCUAUUGGUCACAUAAUUUGGUUUGAAAGUUGUCUUUGAUUGAAUCAUCAUUAUUCUGACUUGAACUGUGACUCCGUGGAAGGACUCUUGCCUGGUAAUCUGGGGAUCCAGCUUUCCAACUCGACAAGAAAUUAGUGGGGAUUUACCUCUGAGUUUUCACAACUCACU